AUGUAUGGCCAGGGGCAACAGCUCUAUGGCAGUCAGGCAUCCAUCUAUGGAGGCGGACUGCCAGUGCCGGGGCGCGAUCCCGCAGCAGAUGCUCCUGGGCUUCCAUCUGCCACUCUGCCCCUGCUCCGCGAUAUCAACAGCUAUGCGCAGGUGCGAGCCCCAGGCAUAUCCAGGCUCGAGCUACGCUGCGGCAGUGGCCGCGCACCAUGCGCCAGGAUAUCCCCCGCAGUCGCAGAGCUACGUGGGACAGCAACCCUAUGGCGGGCAGCCUUACGUGUCCAGCCAGCAGGCGGCCUACAGUGCAGGGCAGUACUCCGGCCAGCAGGUCCGACCCGUGCGAAGCAGCAGGCCUAUCAGACAGCUGCCGCAACGGCCAGCAGCGGUUAUGGCACAGCCUAUCCGCCACAGGCGGCUUCUACCUAUGGAGCUCCACCGGGCUACGGGGCGCCGUAUGGACAGCAAGCGGCCACUUAUCCAGCGAAUCCCACAGCCUAUGCGACAGCAGGCUAUGGCCUGGGGCAAAGCCCCUACAACUACCUGCAGCAGCCGGCCGGUGCUGGCGGCGCUUCAGGGGUGGUGGCUUACGGCAGCUACCAGGGGGCACAGAGUCAGGUGCCACAAACACAGCAGGCGCAGCCUCUGCAAUAUACACAGCCUCAGGCGGAUCCUUCCGUCGCGACCGGAAGCUUGGCUGAUCAGUCGCAACAGCAAUACUUGGACAUGGUUUGGCAGCUCUCGGACAUGUCCCUGAACGACAAGCAAGCGCCACUGCCGGCGCCUCCGAAUCAACAGCCCCCCGCGCCACCUGCGCACAUGCCUCAAGAUGGUGUGCCUGCAGCAGGCAUCGAGGUCUGGAACUCUUUCGAUGAUGCAGCCGCCAAGGGCAUGGUGGACGGUUUGGUGGGCGGCGACGACGCGAGCUCGGGACCCCCGCCACUGCCUCCGCCACCGCCUAACACUGCCAUGUGGACAUCUCACUAG